CCCGUCACCACAUGAGUCCCCAAACUCCACCUCCAUAACAGAUCCAAUACAAAUACAAAACUUCCAACCAAGUCCCUCCGUCCACCGUCUGCCCUGUAUCCCGUCCUGACAGGCCGCAAGACCUUCCCCCAAGCGUCCGCCAUGUGGCGCGACCGCACAAACCUCUACAUCUCCUACCGCCAGUCGUACGCCCACCACCCCAGCCAGCGAUCCAAAUAUGCCGCCACCUCCGGCUUCUCAGAUGCCUACUCCAGCAGCAGCGGCUUUGCCCUCGACUCGGACCGCCGCGGGCUGCUCUCGAGCGGCGCAUUCGAGGACGAUGGCGACGCCGUGAUCGAGAUGGACCUGCUGCCCCCGCGCUGGACCGACGUCUCGGACGAAAUCACCGAGCUCCUCGCCGAGAUCGCCAUCAAGAGCCAGCGGCUCGACAAGCUGCACCAGGCGCACGUCCUGCCCGGCUUCGACGACGACGAGGCCAAGAAGAACGAGGAGGUCCAGAUCGAGCGCCUCACGCAGGACAUCACAAGGGGCUUCCACCAGUGCCACCAGCGCAUCCAAAAGGUCGAGCACAUGGUCCGCGAGUCGAAGCAGUCCGGCACCAUGACGCGGGCGGAGGAGACCAUGGCCAAGAACAUUCAGAUAUCGCUCGCCACACGGGUCCAGGAGGCCAGCGCAAACUUUCGCAAGAAGCAGAGCGCAUACCUCAAGAAACUCCGCGGAAUGGGCGGCCUCGGCACCAUCAGCCCCAUCGACCGACCGACGUCUCCCAUGCCCGGCUCCUCCUUCAUGGACCCGUCCCUCCAAGAAUCCGAUGCCGACCGCUCCUUUUCCCAGUCCACCCUGCAGGUCGCCAUGCAGCAGAAGACGCUACAUUCAAACGACGCCGCCAUCGCCCAGCGCGAGCGCGAGAUCGAGGAGAUUGCGCAGGGCAUCAUCGAGCUGUCCGAUCUCUUCCGCGACCUGCAGACCAUGAUCAUCGACCAGGGCACCAUGCUCGAUCGCAUCGACUACAACGUGGAGCGCAUGAACACCGAGGUCAAGGCUGCCGAUAAGGAGCUCAAGAUCGCCUCGGGGUAUCAGAAGAGGAGUAUCAAGAGGAAGAUUAUUCUCUUGCUGUUGCUGCUGGUUGCGGGCUUAUUCAUUCUCCUUCUUGUCAAGCCGAAAAAGAAUAGGGACUGAGUAGCUUGGAUGGCUUGAAUGAGGAUGAGAGGGAAGAAGAAGUAAAAUGCCAUGGUAAGAAAAAGGGUGAAAGUAGACGGACAGAAGUCCUCACAACUGUGGUUAGGCGUGGCGUUUUGACAAGCGGUUGGUGGUCAUACUGCUUCACGACGUAUGAUCGUGCUAUCAACAAGGGAGUGGACAAUGCUUCC